AUGGAUAAUGAUUCGUCAAAUCAAUUGCGUAGUCAACUCAAAUGUAUGAGUCGGCCAGUCAUUGGUGAAGAUAGUGACUGGGUUGACGAAUUUCGAAGUAGUGAUCCAGGAAAACCAUCAGUUAAAAUAAAAAGCCUUCAUAUUCACCACACUUCUCAUCCAUUUGAUCCAACGAAGGACUAUGUUGGUCUAAUAGUUUAUUUAUGCAACAAUAAAAGCGAUUUUUAUUUUAAGAAUCAGCACAGUCAAACGGGUGACAUUUAUAUCAAACAAUCAAAUUGGAUCAUCGAAAACAUACGAGAGAGACCAAAACACGGGAAAUAUGUGCAUGGUAGAUUAUUUUAUUCAAUAUUUGGCUGUUGGAAACGCAAGAAGCAUAACUUUGUUGGUGCUGGCUUCUCAUAUACGAAGGGAGAAUGGAAGAUAAAUGCGAGAACAUUGAACACCAUGAAUCGGAAUAAUAAUGAUGACACGUAUCACAAUACGGACAAUAAAUUGAGUCAUUAUGAGGAAAAAAUCAUUAAAACUAUGUGGUCUCGUUACUAUGUGAAUCAUUGUUGGCUUAGAAUGGAACCUGAAGAACGAGUUCCUUUUAAAACCUUGAAACAAAAGGAUUCAGAAACUGAACUACCAAUUGAUGUGAAGAAGCACGAUAUAUCUCAAGUACAUCCAGAUAGACGACUACGUGGAAAAGUUAUACAGUUUAAUUACCAGAAAGGUUACGGAUUUAUCGACACUCCUGGCUUCCCGAAUGAUAUUUUUGUGCAUCGCACCGCAAUUGAUAAUGCGCCAUCGGGAGGAACUUCUUUACAAGGUGAUGAUAGUGUUGAAUUUCGAGUUGUCAACACCAAUAAAGGAUGGCAAGCUCGAAAACUGACAAAAGUCGAACACUGA